UCUGAGUGGUCUCCUGACAAUGACACCAGGCUGAUGUGUAAGAGUAAAGGGCAGUCUGAGGAGGAUUGCCACAACUAUGUUCGAGUUUUGCUGUCACACGGGGAUGAACUCUUCACGUGUGGGACCAACGCUUUCUCUCCUGUCUGCUCCACAAGACUGCUGUCAAACCUGUCGUCAGUGAGUCGUGAGGUGAGUGGAGUAGCGAAAUGUCCGUACGAUCCGCAGCACAACACCACCGCUCUGCUGAGUACCGAGGGAGAGCUGUACACAGCCACGUGUAUGGACCUUACGGCGCGGGACCCUGCCAUAUACCGUAUGAUGGGUCAACAUCCAACACUUAGGACUGUACAGUACAACUCCAAAUGGCUGAAUGAGCCCAAUUUUGUGUCAUCCUAUGAGAUCGGUGACUUCAUCUAUUUCUUCUUUCGAGAAACUGCAGCAGAAAAUGAAAACUGUGGAAAGACUGUCUUCUCAAGGGUUGCAAGAAUUUGCAAGAAUGACAUCGGUGGACACUUCUUGCUGGAAGAAAACUGGACAACAUUUAUGAAAGCCAGGCUGAACUGUUCCAGACCGGGUCACUUUCCGUUUUACUACAACGAACUCCAAGCCACUUACUACAACCCAGAAGAAGAAAUCAUCUAUGGAGUGUUCUCAACAGAAGAAAAUGGCAUAGCAGGUUCAGCUAUUUGUGCCUACAACUUGUCGUCAAUAGAGGAAGUCUUCAACGGUUCCUUCAGAUACAAGCCCAACUCCAAGUCUGCCUGGCUUACGUCUCCAAACCCCAAUGCAAAUUUCCAAACAAGCCGGUCUCUGGAAGAUGCCAUGAAGUACCAACUCAUGGACCAGGCUGUCCCCCCCUCCCACCAAAAUCCACUGGUCCAACAGGAAUAUGACAGGUUUUCUCACAUCGUGGUGGACAGAAUACGAGGGAGACGGGAAUUCUUCAGUGUCCUGUUUGUGGCAACUGUUUCUGGUACUCUCAGGAAGUACAUUGUUCUCCCCGGCACAGACCAACCCUGUCUGGUGGAAGAGAUUCACCCAUUUCCGGAAGGAGCUGCAGAGCCUAUCAGGUCCAUCACUCUGCUGUCAGAUGAGGAGGCUAUCUAUGUGGGUUCCCAGACUCGCAUAAUGAAGGUCCCCGUUCACAGGUGUCAGCAGUUCAAGUCCAGAAAAACCUGCCUUCUUGCUAUGGACCCCUACUGUGGCUGGGACUCCUACAACAAGAGAUGUGCUUCCCUCAGACAAAGUAUGGAACACAUGCAGGACUGGCACCAGGACAUCAGUUCUUGUCCUGUUCUCAACCUGCCUGUUGACGGAGGGUACAGCGAGUGGUUGCCAUGGGAACCCUGUACGCAGCUGCAGGAGAGCGGCGAGUUGACGACCUGCAUGUGCCGGUCCAGGUCAUGUGACAACCCCGCCCCACGGUGUGGGGGGAAGCCGUGUCUGGAGCCGGCCACUCAAGUCUCCAACUGUACAAUUAACGGGGGCUGGUCGGAGUGGUCAGUGUGGACAUGCUGCUCGAGAACGUGCGGCCCGGCAGUGAAGAUGCGACACCGGUCCUGCACCAACCCCGCACCCCAGUACGGUGGCAGGCUGUGUGUGGGAUACAGUCAGGAACAUCUCGUCUGUAACAACCCACCAUGUCCGGAGGCCAAAGGGGUGUGGCUGGACUGGUCGCCAUGGUCGCGAUGUUCCAGGAAGUGUGGCGGAGGGAUACAGGAGAGGACCCGGAUGUGCACCGCCCAGGAGUGUCCCUCGGGGUGUGAUAAGGAGUACAGGAGCUGCAACACUCAAAACUGUCCGGAAACCCGAAAGUCGACCCCUUGGAGCCCGUGGAUCCACAUGAACAUCACGGACCAGGGUGGUUACUAUGAGGGCCGUGUGCGUUACGUGUGUAAAGCCCGCGUGCCAGACGACAGCUUGUUAUGGGUGGGACAUCGCAGGCUGGACAUGCGCUACUGUGACCCCAACAGUAGACACUCCUGCGCCACUAAAGGUCCAGCUCGAGUUGUCCAUGGGGUGUGGUCCAGCUGGUUACCAUGGUCGCCAUGUACAGUGAGCUGUGGCUCGGGGGUGAGAACACGGCAGCGGCAGUGUAACAACCCCCCUCCCAGCGGCGGUGGUUCGCCCUGCCUGGGGCCGGAUGUCAUCUACAAGGACUGUACCAUGGCACCUUGUACAGCUAACAGCACGUGGUCCUGUUGGUCGGAGUGGUCCCAUUGUUCCGUUUCGUGCGAUGGCGGGACGCGUUUCCGCACUCGGACGUGCUUCGGGAUGGGUCAAUGUGACGGGGACAGGCGGAAAGAGGAGACAUGCAACACACACCCAUGUCUGAUAAACGGUUGGAGACACUGGACCCCCUGGUCAGCCUGUGAUGACUUCGGGCUGCGCAGGAGGACCAGGGAGUGUGGGGAGGACCCGCCCCUCCCUGGACACUGCAGGGGAAACACUACACAGGAACAACCCUGCCAACCUAAUGUCAUCCUGGAUGAUGUCAACAUCCAGCCGGUCCGUUCUAGAAACUGGAAUAAAAAGAUCGACCUAAUCUACAUCAUCAUCGCAGGAAUAGCCUCCUUCUUUCUGGGAGGAACUCUGUUCUUAGGAUCAUACAUCUACUACCUGCGCUUCCAAGAGUCCAGAAUACACCCCUGUCACAAACACGUAAACGUCAACAAACCAAACAACAAGAAAAUGAUCAACACGAAGCCUAAGAUGACGGUAUACGAGGCGAGUAAAGGAGAUCCAAAAUAUGCGACGUAUAAAGACCCUUUCUGGGACUAGUGGAGAUUUUUUGUGAUCUUAAUGGAGCGUACUGAACUCAAGUAUUGCUCCUCUUGUAUACAUGGACCCAUACAGGGGAAAAAUGUGAGCAUUUGAGAGCCAAGGACAGCAGGAAUACCAGUACUGCAGUGCUCUUCAGAACUGCAUAGAGGCGCCGCUACAUGGUGGACCAAUGGCCGCAGACUGCAAACUGCUUCUGGAAAUUCAACUGGAUUAAUCUAGUGUGUUGAUGGAAGAAAAAAAUGUGGAGAAAUUUGGUGAACUCAAAAGGGCAAUACAAAGCAAUGAAGUGCAAGACAAUGCUGAAUUUUUGUCAGAAACUUUGCUGGACUUCCUCACUUGAUGUAUCAAAUGGAUAACUUUUCUUGUGAGAGACUUCUCCAGGUGCUUUUGUAACUUGUGAAUUUGAUGAUUCUUUAUUGACUUGAUGCUGACAAGCCAUAUUGGUAGAAUUCCUGGUAAGAUUUUGUGAUUUGUGUAGUUAUAUUGAAUACCAGUACUUAGCACUGCCAACUCUUUAAUCCUGUAUUCCAAUACUUGUAGGCACACUCAGGACUUUCACGUACACCAGUUUCUAUCGCAAUCAAAGGCUGUGAUUUUGGAAAUGACUCGGGAUACUCAAAGGCUUUCUUCCAAUUUAUUUUCUUGUUUUUCUGACAAAAACAAUCAUCCUGGCUUUUUGCCAGAUCCUUUACUUUGAAACUCACGCAAUUGUGAAUUUAAGCCAUAUUAUGCCAUCCAAGAGCAUUCUCUUCUGAAAUAGCAUCUCAUUUUCAUCAUGUAAACAAAACAUUGUAUAUGAUACACCUGACUUUAGAUAUCUCACAAUCUCUAUUUUUAUACAAAAUGUUGUUGAAUACAUCAAGAAACUGCCUGGUAUCUACCACAGUACUGAAUGUGUGCCAAAUUUCAAUGAAAGGAUAGUCUGUAUUUGUAUAAUAAGAAGGUCUAUGAAAUGGCCAUUGAUUUCUGAAUCAUGAUUCAGAAGAAAGUAAGGUGUAUAUUUCUGGAAAUUUCAAUGCUAACCUGCUUGUGUACAUGUAUAUAGCGCAUAUGAUACUAGAUUGUGUGUGAUUUUCUUUAUACAUAGAUAUUGAGGAUUUCUCUGUUUCCAGAUGCAUAUGCCAGAAAAUAAGAGUGACAAAGCCAAGUGCAAAUUUUCUGCCAUGUGAGGUCAAAAAUGAUGGUGAAAGACAUACAGUGUGUAUGUUGAUCCUGUUUAGAUAGUAAGGAGUAAGAAGAAAUCUUUGAUUGUCCAGAUUGAAAUCUUUGACGAGUAGAGUGACCCUCACAAUCACUAGAUCAGUAUGUACUUAUACAUAGUUAGUUAAUGAUAGCAUUCAUGCACAUUUAAGGGCCACUGUAAU